AUGCUGGGUUUCCCUGGUAUUCCAGGAUCAAAUGGGAUACCGGGAGUGCCGGGCGUCCCGGGGCCACACGGACCACAGGGAAGGGAAGGUGUCAAAGGACAAAUUGGUGAUAAAGGAUCACAAGGAAUGCCGGGACCAAGAGGAGACAGAGGGCGCGAAGGACCCCCUGGGAAGAGUGGACAACGAGGAAUAAAGGGAAUGAAAGGAGACCAAGGAGCUGUGGGAAUUAAAGGAGAGAGAGGAAUUGUGGGAAAUCAAGGAAGAAAAGGAGACAAAGGAGAGAAAGGAGAAAGCUUCAAAGCAAGUCAAACAAGUGUAGUACCACAAACCAUCUGGAAACAAUGUGUGUGGAAAUCAAGCAUCAGUACUGAUAACGGAAAGAUUAAGGUAAUUAGAAUAAGAAUCAUAACAAACUCUAAAGGAAAGUAAUUCCUUUCUAAAUUAAAAUAUUUCAAAGGAGAACGUCUCCCCUCUCACUCACCGUUUGCCAACACAUUACAUAAAUAAAUAAGUUACAUUUCUAUCUACUUUGGUUCUUUUUGAACGAAAAAAGGAAAGCAAUCUUGGGUGAUAAAAUGAUUCCUGGCAAUAUGGAUAAGGACAACGAAAAUUGAAGCUAUUACAGAGUUCUUAAGAAUUGAGAAGUAAUCUUGACUGGAGUUGUUAGUAUCAAUCAUUACACACGGUUGCUCGCCUCACUACAAUAUAUGUUUGAUUUGUUUGAUUUUUAUUCCAGGACUGUGCGUUUAACAAACUGCAGUCUAAUUCAGCGCUCAGAGUCUCAUUCCAGGGAAACAUGAGGGUCGACGGUACUGGUCCUAAGUGUAAUCGCUGGUAUUUCAAGUUCAAUGGAAAUGAAUGCAGUGGACCAAUGACGAUUGAGGCUGUUGUUUACAACAACUGGCCAUCUCGGAACCCUAAUCUGCUGCAUCAUCGGUCAUUUGAGGGGUACUGUGAAAACAUUCCACAAGGGGCUGUUAGAGUGGAAUUAUGGGUAGGACAGUGCAGUGGCUACACCUUGGGUGAUGCUCACACUGGGUGGAAUUCAGUAUCUCGGAUAAUGAUUGAAGAAGUAUCUAGGCCCCAGUCCUAA